CGGAUUAGAUAUUUUUUCUCAUCAUUUUAUGGUACAAAUGUUUUUCUUCAAUUUCAAUUUAUCCUAGCAAAAUUUAUUCAUCAAAAUGACGGCUCCGUUAAAAGGUGUAAAAGUUGUCGAAUUAGUUGGCUUAGCUCCUGCUCCGUUUCUAGGUCUAAUAUUAUCAGAUUUCGGUGCUCGAGUCAUUCGGGUCGACAAUCUUGACAACACAAAUGGCUCAAUGUUUUCACGACAAAAAGAAUCCAUGUACUUGAAUCUAAAACAUCCAAAAGGUUCGGAAAUAUUACAACGUUUAACCGAAAAAUCCGAUGUCCUCAUAGACCCAUUUCGGCCUGGAGUUUUGGAAAGACUUGAACUUGGACCUGAACGACUUUGUCAGCUCAAUCCUCGUUUAAUAUAUACCAGAUUAUCCGGCUAUGGUCAAACAGGACCUAUGGCUCGAAAAGCUUCACAUGAUAUCAAUUUUCUAGGUCUUUCAGGUGUUAUGUCUCGUUUUGGUUACAAUGAUCGACCACCUAUCGGACCAAUAAAUUUAAUAGGUGAUAUUGGUGGUGGUUCGAUACUUUGUGCAAUGGCAAUAGCUAUGGCACUUUACGAACGCAACAGUUCUGGAAAAGGACAAAUAAUAGACCAUAGUAUGACUGAAGGUGUGGGUUAUCUCGGUAGUUUUUUGUGGGAAUCUUUGAAACAAAAAGAAUUGUUGUGGCCAAAUUGGCCAAAACGUGGACAAAACACGUUAGAUUUUGGUUCACCAUUUUAUCGCUGCUACGAAUGUGCAGACGGAAAAUUUAUGGCUGUCGGUUCGUUGGAAGAAAAAUUCUAUCAAAACCUGUUGAAAACGCUCGGUUUUGAGGAAGAAUGUUUUAAUCGAUUCGAUCAUGAUAAUUGGCCUGAAAUGGCUGAAGAGAUUGGUAAAAAAUUCAAAACAAAAACAAGGGAUGAAUGGGCUAAGGAAUUCGAUCUAACCGAUGCUUGCGUAACGCCUGUAUUGGAUAUGGAAGAGGUUACACAUAAUGAACACAAUCGUAUACGUAAAUCUUAUGAUCCGAAUACCGGUUAUCCGAAUCCUGCACCUCGAUUUUCACGAACACCAGCCAUAGGAAAUCGUGAAGGCUUUAUGGAUACAGAUGGACAAUGUGAAUCACAAUCGCGUGAAAUUCUUAUCAAUGAACUAGGUUAUACAGCACAAGAAUUAGAAGAAUUCGGUUCAAAUGUUUUUAAUUGAUUAGAAAUAUUAAUGAUAGAUUAAACUAUAUUGCAACUUUAGCA